AUGCUGGCGCUGCGAGCUGCUAUGUUACAGCUAUCAAUAGAGCUUAGGCGGAACUACAAUAGAGGUAGCUUGGAGCUCUAUGAAAAGGCGGAUGUAGUCAAUUGGAUCUUGAACAGAGAACUGGGGUUCCUUAUCAAAAGUUUGUAUUUGGAUGUCGAAGGAGGUGUGACAGGGCCACGCAAAGUUCGCAGGAGACACAAGGUUGCGGUGACAUUGAUGCCCUUGGAAGAGAUCCGACAACGUCUGGAACUCAUUCAACAGGAUAUCCUGGAUACCCUCGACGUUAACUCUUACAAGAAAUGCGACUAUGUUCUAUGCGGCUCUGUUCGAACCGGCGGGUUCCGCCUUCAUCUGUUGAAUCUCAAGUUGAAGGAACUCCAGUCGGUCACAUACAGGCGACUCCCACAAGACAUCUUGCCCUCUCGAAUCACCUUCACUGUCGGCAGCGCAAACUACUACCUGGCCAAAGUCUUAAACUUUGUCAAGACCUAA